AUUUCAAGAAAUAAAAAUAAAAGUAAAAAGUCCAAAGAAAACCCUAUCCUUCCCUUCUCUGCCGUUGGUCCUCCGAAAAACCGCACCAGCACUUGACUCCGGCACAGCUGCCUGCGGGCUUGAAGGUUGUGCGACGAGGUCCACAGUCUGCACCGCCCGUUUCUAGCUAUCGGAGAUUUCAGCAACAUUCGGCAGCAACCCACAACCCGAAUGGCCUCAAAUCUGGUUCCCCAUAACCUGUAGAAGUCAGGUUCGAAUUGCGCGAUUCAAGUUUAAGGUUGACAUUGGGUUUCUGUGACUUGUGAGAAGCACGAAUCCAUGAUGUUGUGAUAUAUGUUCUAUGCUGUUGAAAUUUUAAGGUAACUUAGAUAUGAUUCUCAAUGGAUGCACCACACCCACUGGGUGCUUCUUCUCAAAUUCCAAGUUAUCUAUUCCUGGCCGUUCUGCCAUCUCACGUAGUCCUCAUUGCAGUAUGCAAACUGCUAGCAUUAGGAGUUCAUGGGAACCUCGUUUAGAGCAUCAGACAUGUUACUAUAGAGGUCUCUUACCCUUAAAACUACGUGCUGCAUCUUCCCCUCUCUUAAGCGGGGAUCUAGGUGGCUUGCUACAUAUGAUCCCAAGGUUACCAAGGCAAAAAAAGAUUGGCAUGACAACACCACAGGCAGCCAAAGAUGUCCCUACGAGUUUUCGUUUCCCUCCAAUGACCACAAAACCAAAAUGGUGGUGGAGGACAUUAGCAUGCCUACCCUAUCUAAUGCCCCUUCACGAAACUUGGAUGUAUGCCGAAACAGCAUACCACCUCCACCCGUUCCUGGAGGAAUUUGAACUCUUCACAUACCCCUUUCUCGGAGCCAUUGGGAGACUACCAAGUUGGUUCUUGAUGGCAUAUUUUUUCGUUGCCUAUCUAGGAGUUGUAAGACGGAAGGAAUGGCCUCAUUUCUUUAGAUUUCACGUUGUUAUGGGCAUGUUGUUGGAGAUUGCCCUGCAAGUGAUUGGUACAGUGAGUCGUUGGAUGCCCCUUGCAGUCUAUUGGGGUAAAUUAGGGAUGCACUUUUGGACAGCCGUAGCAUUUGCUUACCUGUUCACGGUCUUGGAAUCCAUACGCUGUGCUCUUGCAGGCAUGUAUGCCGAUGUCCCCUUUGUCUGCGAUGCAGCCUACAUCCAAAUACCAUAUGAUUAAGAAACUCUUCGGUUUAUAGUCGCAGUGAGAGUAGAAUGCGAUGUAGACAUGUAAUUUUGCUUCUGCCUUUGUAAAGUGCAGUCGGAAUUGAACAUCGAACAUUCUGAACUCUGUUGACAUUUCCUUUAGUUAGUCUUUUGCAAAACAUGUAUCUUUGUCUAUGUAGAAACUGAGGAUUUUGUAUGGAAGAAGAGCUUGUGGGCGAAGUAAAGAAGGAAACUCAUCCUCACUGCCUUUUGAGUGCAAGUGUCUGUUCACUUUAA